AUGGGUAUCUAUCUCAUCCAUCACACUUCACACAAGCUACUAGAAAGUACUCUGCUCAAUCGGUCGAUGAGGGUGUCAAGCAUGGCGUCCAAGGGUCUCGUUGUGUUUGCUGUCCUGCUUGCUGCGGCUUUCCUCGUGGCCACAGCUGAACAAACUCAGGCCAAGAAGGAAGAGACUAAGGCCGGUGUUCAGGGUUACCACGGCGGCGGCAGCGGAGGCGGUGGCUACCAUGGCGGCGGCGGCGGCGGCGGGGGGUACCCUGGCCACGGGGGCGGCGGCGGCGGGUAUCCUGGCCACGGUGGCGGCGGAGGUGGCGGCGGCUACCCUGGCCACGGUGGUGGCGGAGGUGGCGGCGGCUACCCUGGCCAUGGGGGUGGCGGCGGCGGCGGCGGCAGCGGCUGCCGGUACCAGUGCUGCGGGCACGGGCAUAGUGGCUGCCGCUGCUGCGCAAGCCCCAACGAGAUCCCGGAGCCCAUGUAUCGGGCGGAGGUCCGCAACUAAGUAUCAGAUGCUACAUACGGACGUUGCUACUUGCCUGCACGUAGUAACUACUCGUAUAUGUGGUCAAUAAGAAGGUAGGUGCAUGUAUGUAUGUAUGUACGCAUACGUAUAGAUUGCACAGUUAUGUUGAUCCAAUAAUGCCAGGACUCUGUCCUGAUCGUGUAUUCACCCUGUAAGACUUCUCUUUCUUGCAUAAUACAUGCAACUGUCAUGCAUGUAUAACAAAA